AUGGCUCGUACCAAGCAAACCGCUCGCAAGUCCACUGGUGGCAAGGCUCCUCGUAAGCAGCUCGCUUCCAAAGCUGCUCGCAAGUCUGCACCAGCAUCCGGUGGUGUCAAGAAGCCACACAGGUACAAGCCAGGUACCGUUGCUCUUCGUGAGAUUCGUCGUUAUCAGAAGUCCACCGAGCUUUUGAUCCGAAAGCUCCCGUUCCAGCGUCUCGUCCGUGAAAUCGCCCAGGACUUCAAGUCGGACCUCCGCUUCCAGUCCUCUGCCAUUGGUGCUCUUCAGGAAUCCGUCGAGGCCUACCUCGUCUCCCUCUUCGAAGAUACCAACCUUUGCGCCAUCCACGCUAAGCGUGUUACCAUCCAGAACAAGGAUAUCCAGUUGGCUCGUCGUCUCCGUGGAGAGCGAUCGUAA